GUCUCUUCGUCUGGGCGGAUUAGGUCCGUCUAAAAUCCAAGCCGUCGGUCGCCUCUCGCCUCUACAUCUUCGAAGUGUCACCGCCCGCAAUCCCUUUUGUACAGCGGUCGUAGGACCGCUUCGCGUUUAGCGACACCCCUUUCACACCUGCUUCUUUCACCACUCACCACAGCGGCCCAUCUCUGCCUAUCAUGGCCGAUCGGAACGCGUCUCCUACCUCAACCUCAUCUGCCGACUCUUGCACAACCGUCGAAACGGCGCCGCAGCCACCUUCCCGCUCAUCAUCCGCCGCGUCGCCCGAGAUGUCAACCCCUCCCACUAGCCUCGGAGACGAGGCAAGCGUUCUCUCGGAUCCAGCGAAGGCGGACUUGAAUACAGAAAUGAAUGCUGCCGGUCCCGUGUCUCCAGCGCUUCACGACGCGGCCGCGGCACAACAACCCACUCCUGAUGCGUCUACGGGGAGCAGGCGCCCGGCAAGGAGUUCCCGCGCAUCCGUCACCACAUACAAUGUCCAGAUCCUCGCCGGCACCGCCAUCCAUACCCCUACAAAGUAUUUGGAAAAGCAUCACAAAAAUGUGCUGCACGGAUCGCUUGAAGAUUUACGGAAGACCAACCCGGCGCCGUCGCCCAAGCGGAGACGGUCCAUGAAAGCCAAAGUCAUCAAUCUUGACGAUAUCGAUGACCCGGCAGAGGCUCAGCUCGCUAUCGAGGCGGCCCAAGCUGCUCAGCGUCGGAACACAUCUCGGCUGGACCUCCGCAAGGAAGCUUUCCGGAACUUAACUGCUGCUGGCGAUGCUGUUGGCGCCAGAGGCGCCGGAAUACUAUCUACUGUUAGAAACACAGUGCAAAAUGCGCUGAGGGGUGCCUCGGCGCUUUCGCGCUCCCAGAACGAUCAGUCCGAUGAUGCCACGGAUCAAGAGGAGAAGCAGUUCUUGAAACCUAAAACAAAGAAUUGGGAACAUCAAGGUCUCUACAUUGGCCAGGAGCGGACUUUUGAUGCCAGGCGCAAAGAGUCUCAGAACCGACUUCGCGGGAGGGUUGUAAAAUCCAAGGAAAGCAAGAUUCUCCCUCUGCCCAUGUUUGCUGGCGAGCGCAUGUUGAGCGGCGAUUAUCAGCGGGAUUUCAAGCUGCCAUAUGACGUCUACAAUCCGCUUCCGAAGAAGGUCAAAGUGGACGGGUGGACGAAGCUCUCGAGGAAUCGAUUUAUUGGAGAUUCCGCUGCUCUUUGGAAGCGGGAGAAGCAGGACUCUUCUUCGUGUACCUGCUCUCCCGAGGAGGGAUGCGGAGAGGCUUGCCAUAAUCGCAUCAUGGCAUAUGAAUGCGACGAGACUAACUGUAAACUCACGCCUGAACAGUGUGGCAAUCGGCCCUUUGCACAACUGAAAAAGCGUGCCAAGGGCAACAAAUAUGACUAUGGCGUCGAGGUCAUGGAGACUCCUGACAAGGGAUAUGGUGUGCGGGCCAUGAGGACUUUCGAACCUCACCAGAUCAUCGUCGAGUAUGCAGGCGAGAUUAUCACCAUGGAGGAGUGUGAGAGGCGGAUGAAACAAGUCUAUAAGAAGGACAAGUGCUAUUAUUUGAUGAGUUUCGACAACAAGAUGAUCAUAGAUGCCACUCGCGGCACCAUCGCCCGCUUUGUCAACCAUUCUUGCGAACCCAACUGUGAGAUGAUCAAGUGGACCGUGGGCGGCGAGCCUCGAAUGGCUUUGUUUGCAGGUUCCCGAGGCAUCAUGACUGGAGAGGAACUGACAUAUGACUACAAUUUCGACCCUUUCUCACUGAGGAACGUUCAAAAGUGCUGCUGCGGUACUGAGAGGUGCCGUGGAGUUCUUGGUCCUAAGCCUAAGCACCAGGCCCAACCAUCCCUUGCCUCCACUUUCCUCACCGGUACCAAACGCAAGUUACAAGAGAUGUUUGGUUCUGGUUCCGGUUCCAGUAGCACGCAAUCCUCACCAAAGAAGCGUAGGCUCAACGGCAUGAAUCAUGCCGCGCUAACCAAGAAGGAGAAUGCUUUAGCCCAGAAUGUCGCAGCGCAGGAGAAGGCUAAGAAGGAAGCUGCCGAGCAGGCAGCACAGAAGGCCUCCCGCGAGAAUCGAGCAUUGCGUCGUUCUUCUUCAAUGACGCUUACCACACAUCGCUCGAAGACGGUGCAUACGACGUCGAGGCGCUCCCUUCCUUCACUGUUGUCGAAGCGCCAGGGUGCUCUCGCUGCAACGCAGCGGACUCCAAAGGCUUUAACUCGUCAGCUUCAACACAAAGCCAGCGUCGGGAGUCUGGGCAAGCGCGUACUCACAGGGAAAGUCGCCAAAUUGUCUGGUUCCAGAAGCUCGGUCCUGAAGCGCAAUGUAGCCGCUAGGAAAGACAAAGGCGCAGCAGAAUCGAUGAUGCCGCCGAGGAGCCCAACGCCCGAGGAUGAUGUGGUUAUGAUGGACGAGGAACAAGAAGACGAGACCAUCAAUAUCACGCCUGCGAGUCUGCGAAGCGCAAAGAGAAAGACACUUCCGCAGACGAGCUUACCGUUUGGUUCUGCCAAGCAGACUGCCAGGCGGACUUCUAAGCAGAGCGCUACGCCGGCAUCGAGGGCUGCAAAUACUGACCCAUUCGAGGUCCCCGACUCCGACGACGAGGGUGCUGUAGUAGAGGAGGCCGAGGGCAGUGAACAUCCCACUCCCAGGACUAAGCGUAGAGACACCAUGGGCACUAGUACUACCGCCACGCCGUCUUCAGCCAAGGCUAAGAAGACCCCGACAAGGAAGAUCGCGGUCGGUCAUGCGCCCAGGGGAAGGAAGUCGAUUGAUGCGACGCAUGUCUGGGAGAAGAAGACUGGGAAUGUGAGGGAUAAGAAGACGGGGCGGUUUUCGAAGACGACCAUUUAAGGGUUGCGCGGUUGUAAUCGGAGAUCCGUGGGCUUCACUAACCCGGAGACUGGUAACACGGGGUGGUGGAUGGGAUGCGGGUACGCUGGAACUGUGACGGGUAUGCCUAUAUUUGUGGUGGUCAUGGA